GGUAUGUUUUAUACGCAUAAAUUUUACCUUUUUCUUUUUUAGGGGAGGACGUGUGUAUUGUUUCCUCCUCUUUGUCGUUCCAAAGCACAAGACACGACGCCUUCGGUAAAAAUAACACGCACAGGUAAAAACGAAAAAGGUACGCACACAAACACACGGAAAUAGGCAAGCGGCCUCUUUCAAGCGAAAACGUAAUCCCAUUUACGCCAAGCAACACAACACUUCAAUUGAUUCCAAAUCCGAUUGUGUAAGUAACAGUGUGAACGCGAAAAUGCUAAUUCGGUCACAGUUCGAUUUUAAAGAUUGCCCAUUAUUUGGAAAUGAAUUCAAGUCUAGACGAAUAUACGUAGCUGUGGGCAAUUUUUCUUUUUUUUUUUUAUUACUAGGAAAUUUGCUCUAAAUGAAUUGCGCGCAAUUUAAUCGGUAGGUGUAACCCACUCCUCUGUCACCGCGCAAAAUGAGUUUUUUCAAAGUCAUCCUGAUGCAUCCCAAAAACAAUUAGAAAUUCAUCGUUAACAUACGUCAGUUUUAAGUUGUUUCUUUCACGAUAAUCCCGUUUGACAAGCCUAGCGUGACGAUAUAUAUAUUUUUUGUUUACCUGGAUUUAAGAAGACGAGCACCGAGAAUCCAAUUUCACGUUGUACUCCAUCACUCGCCCAAUUCCUUUCCCGUGACUUUAUUUUUUUGCCAACAUUUUGUAUUUUAAAAAAAAUGUGUCAAGAAAAGGUCAACUGCCUUCGUCAAGAAAAUGGGAUAAAAAUGAAAGCAUUGACGUAUACAUGAGCAAUCAGACAAACUUCCCAGGUAGUCGGGCAAGGCAAUACAUUUUAAUGUGUACCCCCCACCCCCCAAAAAAAAAGUAUAAUUUCUUUCUUUUAUUGAUGAACAGGUUCCAAGAUAUGUUUGUCAUGAUAGAAAUCCUUCAUUUUGUUUUUUUCUUGUCUCGUGAGAGAGACAUUGGGAAAUUAUAAGCCUGAAUUAAGAAUGUGUGUCGUUGUCCCGUGAUCAUCCGAUUCGGAAUUCUCUCUCUGCCUCCAUUUUUUCUCCCUUUUUUUGUUAUUUUCAGCCAGAUAAAAAAAAAAAAAUGUGAAGGUCACAGGCAUCGCAUGUGUUCACCGUGGAACACGCGGAUCGAAACAGAUUCCCGGCAUGUAUUUCCAUUUCUGUCCGGUAUGUGGCGCUAGUGUUUCCUCAUCGAGCUGUCGAACCUUGGCCGCCUGUUCGUGUCAGUAGGUGACGAGCUUCCACGCCGUCAACAAGCAACGUGUUCAUCUGCUUUCGAUUUUCAUGUGUGUUUGUGAGAGACCCAAAAAUAACAAAAGCCGUUCACACAGAUGAGACUUAAACUUAUAGUCAACAAUUUUUGAAUAUUCUUUUUCUGUUGGUAGGCCAACGUUAUUUUGUUUAAUUGAUUUUCAGUCGUGUUUGUGAUAUUAAAAUGAGCGCUCUUUGUUGUGCAGUGCCUAGUUUAAUGGCCACCGGCGGCGGAGUCAACAACUCUUCUUCGAUGCCAGUCGUGUAUCAUCAUUUCAAUCGACCAUCCGCUAUGGCUGUUCCACAACAACAGAAUUCAUUCAUGUCGAUGGAAUUGAAUAACAGCAAUCAGUACAGAAUGCAACAACAACUUCCUUGUCAUCAACCGGUAGACCAGUUUACAACAACAGUUUACGGUAGUAGCAAUAGUCAACAACAAUUUCUGAUGCCUCAACAACAAGCCGUCACAUCCAGCCAGCAGUCACGUGCCUCACGGCGGAAGAGGUUGGAGGAUGCAUUGACUGAGGCUAUUCCGGCCGCUUCAAGUUGCAAAGUAUCUCAGCGGAUUGCUCAACUUCAGCAGAGUCUGUACGCAUCGUGUCAUCCAGUCGCAGCCGCAAGAAGUGUGCAUCCGUCGCGGCCAUUGUCGCUGGAUCCUUUAAAAGAUUAUUCACAACCAUUGACGGUUGACUGCUCCAUCGAAUACGAUUUACCGCGCGUGAGUCGGCCUCCGCCCGGAGCCAAGCCUUUGCUUUUGAUUGCCCGUCGACCUCCUCCUCCCCCGCCUCCGGCAGUACGCCAAUCACCGUCAAGACAAAGGCAACAGCAAUGGAAUCCCACCAUCAGAACAGCAACUCAUCAAGUUUUGCUGCAGCAACAACAAUCAAGUCAACAAUUUCAAUUCCGACCGGAUUGUACCGGAUAUUUUGUGAUGAACAUUGCACCCGUCAGCUCGUCGAGCUCGGAAGAUAGCGGCCGUGGAACGGAUUCCGAACAGCAUCCGUCGGCAUCUAGUCCCGUGACCAGCAACUCUUAUCGAAUUGCCACAGCUCAUCAUCCGCCAACGACCAACAAUAAUUGGAUGAAUGCAUCAGAACCACAAUGGACGUCUCUCCUACGCCAACAACAAUUAAAAUACAGCCAGCACAUGAAACCAACAGCUCUUCCGGCUCCUCAACAUCCCCGUCCAGCAGGCAACCUGGACAAGAUAACAAGGACGCGAAGACACGUCGGCGCCAAUUAACUGACGGGCAAAAUGGUUGGGCCAACUGCCAACAAAGCCGAACGCAUUAACUCAACAACUACCUUCUUUUUUAGACUUCAUUAUACAACUCUAGCAUUUGCUACUGCACUAAAGCUUUUUCGUCUCAUGGAAAUGGAAAGUUGUCCUUUUCUUCAAAUAAACCCGGAUUUAUUUUCGGAAAAAGAGACACAUUUUUCUUGAAGUUUGGCAACAGGACAAAAAAGAUUUCAAAAGGGCAGGAAAAGGAUUUUUUUGAAAUUUGGAAUCGGUUCAAUUAUUCAAAUAAAUAAUUGCAAAUUGGAUUCUUUUGUGUUCGUUUUAAGGGUGCGGUUGGGUGUGUCACACGUCUGUGUAAACAAGUAACGGGGAAAGAAAAGAAAAAAAAACAUUUCACGACUGACUUUUCCGAAGCUGUCGGCCUUCCUUUUGGCAAAAAUGGCGCCGUUUGAAUUUUUUUUUUUUUUUAAUGCUCUUCCACUUAUAUAUAUUUUUUUCCCCUUCAAAAAAAAAAACGAACAGUUUACCACGUCAUUAAACCGUCGACACACACGCACUUUAAAUGCACGGGAACCCAUUAGUUGUUUCCCCUCGUUUCCCCUUUCAGAAAAUCGUUUUUAAGCGUCCAGUCCAAAAGAAUGUGUUUUUUUUUUUUUCAAUUAAAGUUGUGUGUGAAUAUCACCCUGAUCGUCAUUCUGUUAUGCACACAUCAGUCAAUAACAACACACACAUAAAACAUAUCAAUACAAGUAUUGAAAUCAAGAUUUAAUAGAAACACGAUCUCACGUAACCGGUUCAUAUAUAAAUUUAUGUCAAUGUCUCUUUUGUUUUUUUUCCGGGGAAAUUCAGCAGUAGCUGAUAAAAAAAAGAGAAUAGUUUAAAAUAAAUUUCUUGAUCGUGUUUAAUUCAUUCGGGAAAUGUCGUCUAGACGUUUUAACAAUCCGAAUCACAUAUGGAUAUAAUGAGGACUACCUUUUUCUUCAUUCUCGCCAAAUGUAUGGAAUAAUUUAGACACACACAAAUGCCCAAAUCUAUUCAGAAAUUCUUCUUGCAGCACAUGCCUAUUUAUUCGAAAUUGAGCCCCCUGUUGCACGAUCGACUUUAAAGGCCUUUUGUGUGUGGAAUUUUCAUGAAUAAUCAUUGGAAAGGUAGAGGAGGGGGGCUCUGUUCCGCAGGGCUAUAGAAACUUGUUAUUCAUCGUCGGUGUUUUUUUUUUUAUUUUCAAAAUGAGAAGUUUUUUUUUUGUUUUGUUGAAAACUUUUCGUCGAUGGCACAUGCAAGAAAUAGAUGGUCAUUAAAUGGGAGUCGCCCAAGUUGUUGUUUUUCACAUGCUCUGCUAAAAUUAUAAUCAAAAUCAUAUCCAACGGCGUACUUGCGCAGCCUAUAAACAACAUUGUGGUUCAAUAAAAACAACUUUUUUUCAGGUAAAAAAAAAUAAAAAUUUUUACCACCUCUGGCGACAAGAUUUAGAGCGAUUCGAAACAAAUAACCCUCUGUAUAAUUAGGAGUGCAACAAUAACAACAUUAAACUUAAAUUUUCAAACAAAUUUCAUAUUUCCAGAUGCACAAAUGCUCUAGAUUUUCAUAGAUGUUAAGGAAAGCCACAUGUUUUGCAUAUCUCAUUUUUUCUCUAGGUGAACCAGUAUACGUAAAAAUAAUAAAAAACAGGCAAGGACAUGACAGAUGUGAAAAACGUGGGGGGAUAAAUACCUAACAAAAUAAAUGUAUUCACGAGCCAUGUGAAUGACACACACGAUAUCCACGUCAGUUUUUUUUUUUUCCCUGUCGAAAUCGACCGUGAGUCAUUGCCUGCGGCUUCUGCGGGAUAUUCUUUUGCGGGCUAUGUUUAAAGAUAUGCCUUUUGAACAUGUUUAUCAACAAUUCUCUCUCUCGAAUUUCUCUCCGCCGUGUAUAAAUAACGUGAAAACAAAAGAAACGUUCGAUCGAAAAAAGAGGUUUUGAGUGACGCGCCCCAUUGUUGCACGUUCGGUUAUGUUUCUAUACGAAAAUCUUUUGUUAUUUCCCUCACCUGAUGAGGAUCCCUAUUCAAUUCGAUCGUUAAACCCAAUGAAAGGGGAGGUGCCUAUUGUUUUUCAUUUUUAAAAAAAUGUAUUAACUCUUGGAUGGGGUUAGCUAUUGUUUCACGUUUAGCACGGACCAUUUUUCGUAUACAUACCAAUUGUUUAUGACCCACACACCAAAGUGUCCUACUCAUAUUGGCUGUGUUUGCGCAGGUGAACGGCCAGCUGUGUGUAAUCACGAAAAUGCCCGCAUGUACAGGUAGAACAUGUACUAGAUUCACUUUCGUCACAAUUCAACCUAUAACGCAAGCAUUCAACUAAUAAUCUAUUUGAGUUUCGGUUUUCAAGGAGAACUUUGUUUACUCUCUCUGGCAGAGCACAAAACGGUUCGAUAUGUGUGCCCGAAAGCGAUACACGAGAUGCAUAAUACAGUUGAAGGGGAGGUGGCACAAAGUUCGCGGAAGCAACAACAUGUGUGCUGUCCAAAAUGGGUCCUAUAUCUAACAUUUAAUAAGCAGAUUCACCGUCUGCCGAAAAGUUCUGCCAACUCGCUUAUACUACUACACAACAUCAUAAAAGAAUAAUAAGAGUUGCACACACCAGGGCGGCGCUGAUCUUUUAUUAUCCAGUCUCCUUUUAUUUAAUUUUUUUUUUACUGAUACAGUUGAAUGUGCUACCCUGUUUCAUAUUAUAUAUGGAGAGACGGUAACCAUAGCAACGCAGCUAGGAAACAUGGAAACUUGUUUUCUUAUUUUUAUUUAUUUUUUACUUGAUGAUGACGAUUGACUGACUUUUCCAUAUUCCCUUACAACGCAGACUGUGGUGCACUUUGCCCGGUGGUAUCAAGUGAUCCCUACUCCCCCCAGCCAACGUAAUCUAUAUGUAUGAUGCUUUUCAUAUAUAUGUGUGUGUACCGGUGGCUGUCUCUCUCUUUUUGAAAUAAAUACUGUAUGAUAUAGAGAGAGAGUCUUAUAGAUUAUGUCGUUGCUGGAACGCCCUAAUCUCGAAAGUUAAUGUUUUCCAACAACUUUGCAAUCAAUAGAUGCUUUUUAAGUGUUUAAUAAAUUAAGAAUUGCUGAGCUGCUGGAUUGCAAUAGAUUCGGAAACCUGGUUUCUUUCAAAGAUGUUUUCAAGGAUCAUUGCAAUCAAGUGUCGUUUCACGCGGCCGCGAUUCACAGCCGCAAACCAAGGCAAUUGAGAAGGCCGCGCUCAUUUCUCAAAUUAUCUUUUUUUUUUUCUGGCCUUUUUCUUUAAAACCAAUUUUCCAUUGAAUAGCCACUCAACCAAUCAUGAAUAAUUGUAUCAAAAAGAAAUUUCAUUCGUCAUCUGUUUUUUUUUUAAAGAGUAAAGUGCAGCUCGUAGCUUUUACUUAUAGAGAUGUGCAAGUCUCCUUUUUUUUAUGGUGUGGGCGUGGUCAAGGAUUUUUAUUUUUUAUACUUCUCUAGAUCUACCAUAGGGCUGUUAGAUAUGUUUUUUUUUUCAAGUCUCCAUUUUUAUUUCAUCUUUUUUUGUUUAACGCGGCACGACUCCAGCGGAUCAAACAUUUUCGCCGCAAAAAAAAAAAAAAUGUUCCAGGAGAUGUUGUUUACGACCUUGAUUUAUACCAUACAGGCCUAAGUUGAGGGUGGAAGGAGGAGAUCUAAAAUGAAAAGUAGAAGGAGGAGGAAACCUUUUUUAACAACAGAUUCUAUAGAUCCAUCGACACCGCCUCUGUGAAAAAGAGAAUCCUCAGCCCCUGCGUUCCAUGUGGUGUUCCAGCAUAAAAAAAAAGAAACUAUAGUCAGUCCAGGGGACUCUCUCUCUCUCUCUGUAUGGGGGAGAGAAGCAAAAAGGAACUGAUUGCUUUUUAAUUCCGUCAGCAACCAAUCGAAAGAACGUACGCACACAAAAGUUUGGACGGAGGGGGAGAGAGAAAUGCAUCUUAUCUGCAUCAGCUGGAACGAGCGCGUUGCAGCCACUUGUAAUAAUAUUCUAUGAACCCUCGACUAUAUACACGUCUGGAACUGAAUUAAUUCUUUUUUCUUUCUUUCUUCUUUACAACACGAUAGGAAAUAUCGCUAAAGGCACACACACACACACAGAAAUUCAACUCAUCAGCAUCCGAUUUAGUUGGAGGCUUUUAUUCCACCUGGGGUAUAGACAAUAAUCUUGUGAUAUUCAUAAAAAAUAUAAAAAAAGUCUUGUUAUCAUCGGGUGAUGCUGAGUCACGGGGGCUAUCGUGCCACUUCAAAUAAAAAAUAUAUUCCGAUCACGGGCUGUGUAUGCCCCAACAGCUGACAAGGGAAAAGAACGGGGGCUUAUUAUAUAAUCCAUCUCGACUUAAUCGCCCUCAUACCAGUAUGUUUGUGUAACACAUUUUGGAAUAGAGGACUUGUUCCAGAUGAGAAGAAUAUCGUGAGUGCAGCUGCGUGUGUAUUGAAUUAUGAAAAAAAAAAAUCAAUCCUUCGUAUCAGUUGAUCCAAUCUCUCCAGUCCCAUUUUGACAGGGAUUAAAUCAUCCUGGACAAAGUUUUCUUCGAGGUAGAGUUUAUGAUUUGCAAUCUCUUUAAGACACGUGUAAACAUUCAAACUUUUUGGACACACGUCAGCUCGACAUGAAAUGAAUGAAACUUUGCGUCCUGUUAUAAUCCGGAUUUUCUUUCUUCCGCUUUAUUCAAAUAUGUUUUUUUUUUUUUUUAAAUCCCUCGUCUAUUCACGGCCAAUGAGGGUGAGAAAUUAUGACGUGGAAAUAAAAAUGGAAAUUUCCAAAAUGAAAGAAUAUAUUCAUGUUCAGUUGCGUGCGCGCAAAAAGGAAACGCGUCUAGCGAUUUAUACACCCGACGAUGGCGUCAUGCGGGGGAGGUCACCGAGGGCGCGGAACGAAUAAAUGUACGACCGUUUGUUAUUAUUAACUAAAAGAAAAAAAAAAAUAGGGAGAAACCACACACACAUUUUUUUUCUCUUCUUCCUUGGCGUGAAUUUCUUGUGUGUGUACCCUUGACCGACCGCAACGGCCAGGACUCCGUGAACAACAAAGAAAUUACAGCCAGUUGUGUGUGUGUGCAUAUACCCCCCAAUGAUUUUAAAUCAUCUUUCUUUUGUCUCGUCGGGACCAACUGGGAGCAGCAAAAACGGAGAGAGUUCUUUCCUGUGCGGGAGGUUUUUUUUUUUUUUAAGUGAACCUCUCCCGCGGCGUCAAUUAUUUCCAUUUUUUUUUCUUUUUCUGUUUCGUACAUGUCGUUUUCGGUUAUAACCGCGUUCCGCUGUGUUGGCGACGAUCAAAUGGGAUCGCACAAUUUUUUUUUUGGUGUAAAAACCGGCAUCAAGAGAAAGCGAAUUGACCUUAUUUCAAUGAUUCAUUAUUUGCCAAUCAACAAACGCCGUUUCUCGCCAUUCACGCUGCUCAAUUUUUUGCUUUUUAUUGUCACUUGUAAAAGAGAAAAAUGUCGUACAUUGCUCUGCCGACUCGAGAAAUUGCAGUGCCAUUAACGUCCUAUAGAAAAUCCUUCCGAAUAAUAUUUUAGGCUUUUUUUAAUAUGGUGUCAUUAAUCACAGACGAUUACGCCAAUCCCUUGACGACCUCUACGAUAGUGGGGAGAUUAUCGCCAUUUGAAUAGGAUGUCCCAAUCCGGCGGUUAAAGACAUUUUACUUUUCUAACGGUGAUUAAAGAAAAAAUUCCGGAUAAAUCCUCAUGAAUCAUCAUCUUCUCUCUAGCAUAAGUUUUUUUAAAAAAUUCUAUAUAUUGUACAUAUGCAUAUAUGUCGUAUUGUUAAUCCUGAAUUUUCCCUCCCCCCCACCCUUUUUCUUUCUUCAUAUGUAUAUUAACUUUUUUUUUCUUAUUUUCAAAAAUAAAAAAAUAAAUAAAAAGGGAACCUUUUCUUCCUCCAACGCACUAACCCCCCCUGGAGGGGAUAGCCAUUAAGUUGGCAACCCAACAGGAAACUUGGGUUUUUCUCCCCCCGUCUGUCUGAAAACUCAGAAAAGAACCCACCCCACUCAUCUUCUCUCAAUCUUUUCUAGUAUUUCAUAGAAACGGGCCAGUAGUAUAGAACGAACUGUUAUUAUCCGUCCCUUAUUCCUCCCGAAACACAAUGGGGUGUGUGUAAUGUGUUUUUAUUUUUAUUUUUUUGGGGUUCGAAAAAGUCUGGCUCCGCUUGGAGCGCUGCCGCCCGCAGGUACGCACACACAAAAGGGACUGCGGGAGUUGUAGAACUAUUUCGUUCUACUACUUCUAUUCUCCCGAGUGUUUUUAUUUUAAUAGUCAGAUGGCGUGUUUCACACACUACGAUGAUACAACACACACACACACACACAUGUUUUUUUUUCCAGCCCCCACCUCUCCAUUGUUUUCAUUUUAAAAAGGAAAACAGCAGCAGCGAACUUGACAACGACUGCAUCUCCGGUUUAUUCUUUUUUUUUUCUUCUUCCCCAACAAUAAUUUAAGACAUUUAUAUAUUUUUUUUUUUGUUUGAAAA